CGUCUGAAUGAGCAGCUUAUGAUUUAGUCCGGAAGCUAACAACUUGGUUUUCUUUUUAGUUUCCUUUAGUUUUGGUUUGGCUCGGCGCCUCGGGACACUGUACCACAUGGGGACCGAGAGCUUACCAUGAAACUCCGGGUGCAGAAUGACAGGAGUGAUUCCAGACGAGCACUGAAAGUAAGGGAGUCUCCUACUGUGAUGCAGCCCAAUUCAAGCGAGCCGGAUGCUCAUGCAGGAAAUGGUGUGUCCCUGACGCUGCAGCAAGAUCUUCUCACCAGGACUCCGGGCUCUGGAUCAGCUGCGGCCGUCCCUGAGAGCCACGAGGUGCGGGUGCCCAUGGCAAGCGAGCCUGGGGAGUCUGCCGGAGGGACGUCAUCAUCCAGGAGGUCCAGAGUCAGUUUCAACAGCCACACCCAUUCACACUCACACGGACAUAAUCGGGCGCAGCAUCACUCCAGUUCAGAGCCCGAGCUCGACCCGCCUGACCCGGAUCUGGACUCGGGAGAACCCAGCUCCUCCAUGUCAGAGCUACGCUAUCUCUUCCGCUGGCUCCAGAAGAGUCUUCCUUUCCUCAUUAUACUGUGUGCUAAGCUGGUCAUCCAACAUACUCUUGGUCUAGCAGUUGGGGUUGGCCUCUUCACAACUUUUUUAUAUGUGAAUAAAAGUAUACAAACGCAAGUUUUUCUUCAGGAUCAUCACUCAAAGCUCCAGAGCACCUGGCUGCUACUCUUCCUGAUCUUUUCAACACUCCUGCUUUACUACACUUUUCUCACUGAGACACUUUACUAUUGCCUCAUCUUCCUCAGCCCAUCCAUCGAGCCGCUGGGUUUCUGGGAAGUUCUCUGGGCAGUCGGCAUCACCAAUUUCAUCAUUAAGUUCCUCGUCAUGGGGAUGAAGUGCCUUAUUCUGCUGCUGCCAUCUUCACUAGUGACCAACCGAGCCCGGGGAAGGUGGAUGAUGCUGUCUGAGGAGCUGGGUCAGGUGCACCAGGCCAUGGCUCCAGUUUCACUGUGGUUCCGCUACCUGGUCGUCUACCAGGAGGCUGAGGGGGCCGCUGGACUCACAAUCGGGGUCCUGCUGGCUUUGGGCUACCUCAUACUGAAGCUUUUAGGAUUGUAUGGCCAGUGGACAUCUCUACUUAAAACCGUGAGGAUAUGUCUGAGUGGAGAGCAUACAGGCACAGCAGCCACUAGGAGUCAGUGCAGCGAGGCGGGAGAUGUUUGCCCCAUCUGUCAGGGAGAGUACAGGGAGCCCCGGGCUCUGCUCUGUCAGCACAUCUUCUGUGACGAGUGCAUCGCUCUGUGGUUCAACCGGGAGAAGAGCUGCCCGCUCUGCCGCACGGUGAUCACAGAGAAGGUCUACAAGUGGAGGGACGGAGCCACAUCUCCACACCUGCAGAUUUACUGAUGGAUGAGGGGGUGGGACAUUGCUAUUAGUUUGUACUUUAAUGUGAUUUUUACUUUUUUCCAUGCCUGUCAAACCCCACUGACAAGUAAUGUUGUACAAACUGUUUGAUGCACCCACUGUGGGCCGGGGUCACUACAGGCACACAGCUCACACCUGCAGGAGACACGUUCCUGCCUUAUCGACCAGCACAUCCCUCCACGUCUCUGACAAACGGAAAGUUGAUUAUUUUCAUCCAUUCAAAUGUUUUAUUUUUUCAGUUUAAAGUUUCUCCCCUCGUGUUGCUUUUAUUUACCCUUAUAAUCUUAAUAUAAACUUUCCUCACGGGGCAGUUGUCUACUUGUAAAUAUGGAAAGAUUCAGAAAUAUAUUUAAAACGAAGUAUUUUAAAAAGAGUUGUCCUCCUUCAUACGUUUGAACAAAAUGGGCAAAACGUGAACCUUGUCCAUCAAGUGUUUUCUAAAUUUUUGGACGCAACUUUUGUGAUUUGUAACAAUAAAUGUGCGGAGUAGAGCGGCUGCACAUCUCUGCUCAGGAGCGCUCGCUGCUUUAACGGGUUCAAACGUGAGACUGAAGGGCUGACGACCACCUCACUGCAGAGCACACAGUCACAUGGUGCAGAUAAAGGAACUGUCAACAAGAUGAUCAGUUUGCCUUUUGCUUUCAGCUUUUGGUGACAAUUUAUAACAACUGGUAAAAAGGAUGCAACUGAGCUUGUGAGAUUGAUUUACACAAAAAUAAUAUUUUUCUAUAGAGGUGACUCAGCCUCGUUUUUGUAAAAACCAAAGACUGGGAGAAACAGCUAUUUUAUUAUGUACAAAAAUAAUUUUACUUUGUUAUUUUUAUCCAUUUUGAUCCAUCAAGUAUCUGAAUAAAGAUUUACAUUU